CCGGAAGUCCCUCCUAGGUGCUGUCACUUCCGGUAGUAGGUGACAGCCAUCUUUGCGGUGAUUUGCCGGGAGGGGGUGUCUCCGCCAUAGACGGUAAACAUCUGAGCCAUCCGCGGAGCCUGAGCCCAGGGACCGGACAGCGCGUCUUCUACACAGGUAACGCUUCCCGCUGGCGGCGCCAUUUGCGGUUUACAUGCGGGGCUGGGGCGAGGGGGGGGCCGGGUAGGAGCCGGAAAUGGGCGACCAGCUGAUGGUAGACAAGCGACAAACUCCUCCCAUAUGGGGGGGGAGACAGCUGGGGGGCUUCACAGCCCGGUCAUACCUGCCAGGACCCUGCAAAUCAAUAGAGAGCCGGUAUCUGUGUCUCCAUGUGACCUACUGCUCAUUGAUAUGUAGGGGCAGCCAUGGCCAGCUGUGGGGGGGACACACUAUAUAACCAGACUGGGUCAUAUGGCACAGGCAGCUUGCUGGGGUAAUACACUAUUAUUAGUCACCUGGGUUUGACCGGUGCAGACUAGUCCCCUCUCCUAAAUGUCACAGCCCUCCCCCCUCCUCGGUGGUAUUUACAUCAAUUAGUAUAAUUGUUACUGUACUGCAUAGUAUAUUUGUAGUAAUUGUUAUUUACAUUAACCUGCGGUAGUUUUACCCUGCAUAAUACACACCUGUUUGAGUGCAAUGCUAAUCCUUAGAGUGGCUCUGACUGGCUGAACGAUUCACUCCAUGUUGUUUUUUUUCUUUCUAUAAAUAGAUCUCUGACUUCAGGCAUUGCAACUUCUAAUUUGCCUAUAGAUUUUGAAUGAAUUAAUAGUUAACCCCACUGGAAAACAUGUUGUUAGCUACACUACAGUUGCAUGUGCAGUGGUGUGUAUAUAAGGUCACCAUUUUAUGGUAAAAAAAAAUAUUGCAGUGACCACAUACAAAUCAUUCAAGGUAUAUUUACAUUUUAAGUUGCUUGCACAAUCUGUACUACUAGUUCUAGAUGACAUGGUUUCCAUCAGGAGCUUUCCGUUCUGGAUUUGCAUACGACCUUGUCUAGAAGAAAAAUAACUAAUUCUGUACCAACAGUCUUUUUUUAAAUAUGUGUGUGAAUUGGGGAGCGACCAGUAUUGAUUUUAUUUUUUUUAGAGCCGAUACCGAUAAUCUGUGAACUUUAGUGCCGAUAACUUACCGAUAUUCUGUACAUUUACCAUAUUGAAAAAAUAAACGAUUACUAAAGGUAAAUGCACAAAAUAUACAUGCCAUGUGUAGUGGAUACAGUGUGUUUAGACAGUGGAGCUGUCUGUAUUUGUGUAGUGUGUGUGUGUAUAUAAUGAAUGCAGAGUGUGUUUGUGUAGUGUGAAUACUGAAUGCAGUGUUUUUGUGUGUGUGUAUAUAAUGAAUGCAGAGUGUGUUUGUUGUGUAGUGUGUAUAGUGAAUGCAGUGUUUUGUGUAGUGUGUGUGUGUGUGUGUGUAUAUAGUGAAUGUAGUUUGUGGUGUGAGUAAAGUGAAUGCAGUGUGUGUAUAUAUACUAAAUGCAAAGUUUGUGUAGUGUGUGUGUGUGUGUGUGUAUAUAAUGUAGCGUGCAUUAUGUAAACACACUACACAAACACACACACUGCGUUAUAUACACACUACACAAACACACACACUGCAUUCACUAUACACACUACACAAACACACACACUGUAUUAUAUACACAGUGUGUUUGUGUAGUGUGUGUAUAUAAUGCAGUGUGUUUCUGUAGGUAUGUAAUUUGGGGGGAGGGAGUAUUUUUUUAUUUACAUAUAUUUAAAAUGUUUAUUUUAUUUUUUUAGUCCCCCAUCCCUGCUUGUUAACUGGCCAUGGAGGGGGGAUAUGCCAUUCCCUGGUGGUCCGGUGGCAUGGAAAGUACAGAAGGGGCCUGCAUCAAGUGCUUGCUUACCUUCGCAGCAGCUCCUUUCAACUCCCUGUAUAAAUCCCACGGCCAGUGUGCGAAACGUUGCCAUGGUAACCUGUGGCAACACUCUGACGGCCGCGGGACUCGCAAGAUUUACACAGGGAGCUGCUGGGGAGGUAAGUAGGCGCUUGCUGCGGGCCCCCCCAGGACCUCCGGACUUGUAAUAGCCCCGGCGGUCCUGGUAUGUAUUAUUGGCCGAUAACAAAAAUACCGAAGAUCAGCCAGACCGAUAAUCGGUCGAUCCCUAGUGUGAAAAUAUAAUGUGCAAAUUGUGAAUGGGUAUUUCCAGUUCAGUUAUUGUGGCCUAAAAGGGACACUGUAGGCAUCUAGACUACUUCAGCUCAUUGAAGUUGUCUGGGUGCUGUGUCCCUUUUGAACUUAGUGUUGCAAUAUAAAACAUUGCAGUUCCAGAGAAACUGCAAUGUUUACAUUGCAGCACUAAGUCUGCCCUCUGUGGCUGUCUACCAGACAACCACUGGGGGCGCUUCCGGAAUCCAAACUAACUUUUGGUCCGUUAUCUGACGCUGGACAUCCUUGCGCUGUGCAUUCAAUGCAUUCAAUGGGUAUGUCUAAUGUGGAUGGAGCCUGACCCAGUGCCGAGGGACAUCUGCGCUAGAUUUAGGUAAGUGGCUGAAGGGGGGCUAUUAACCCUACAAUGCCAAGAAAACAUCUUUGCUUUUUUGGCACUAUAGGAUCCCUUUAAUACAUCAAAAGAACCACUACAGCUUAAUGUAGUGGUUCUGGUGUCUAUAGCAUGUUCCUGCUUUACAUUGUAAUGUGCCUAGUAACACCUCUGCUGGCAGUCACUCGGAUUUCCACUAGAGGUGCUUUCUAUCCCUCCAUGCAUGGUCCCCAUAGAGAUGUAUUCAUGCAGUCUAGUAUGAGGAAUCACUGAUUGGCGCAGCGUUUUGCUGUGCAUUCGCAAUUGCCUCCCAAUGAUUUGGCUAAGAUCAAGAUUGAGCAAGGGUAAAGGUAGCAUUCCAAAGACUGUGGGAACCAUUAGACAAUAGCAUAGUGGGAUCCAGUGAGGACAGGUAGGAGAGUAGAUGCGGCCUAGCCACGGAGAUCCCCUUCUCACGAAGGACAUAACUAUCGCAUUGAAAACAUAGGAGCCCUCCACCGUCCCCCAUCUUCUCCCCCUCUCCUCCCCUCCCAUCUAUACUUUACCUCUUCCUGAUGCUAUAUUUUAUCUCUAUUUUCUUCCUUAGAACUUUCUAUCCUCUCUUUCCUUAUUUUCUUCUUUUUAUUUUUUUUUUUUGUGCUUCCCUGCCUUUCAAGGGAAGGAUUCUCUCUUUUAAUUUUUCUUCAAUUUAUCCCAGGCAUGAUCAAAAUAAUGGAGGAAUAAGGAAACCUAAGGGCUAAUGGGCAGUUGUUAGGGUAGGGCUCCUUAUGUUUGUCUGAAUGCCUGUUUAAAAAAACACAAAAACCCUCGAUGGGAGACAUGUCUCAAAAGAGUAAAGAAUUGGUAUCAAAUGGUUCACCUGAAGCGCAUUAUGUUUUCCAUAAAUAAUACUUAUGUUGGCUUCUGCGUAAGCCUAAAAGUUCAUUGUACACUUGUUAUUUUUAUCGAGUGCUAAAGAACUAAAAAAAAAAAAAUCAAAAAAAAAAAAUCAAGAUUGAUCUUAGCCACAGAGGUGGAGCCAGCUACAGCUUUGGGAAAAAAAGGUGAGUAAAAUCACCUUUUCAACACGAUCUGAGCAGGGCUAGUCACCUAAACAGCCACAUCAGGACUAUAAUGUCAGGAGUAUGUUUGUGUUCAUAACACUAUAGUAUCCCUUUAAAUUUUAAUUUCACUUUGAGUUCCUGACAUUUCUCACAUUAGUAAGUAAUCCUUUAAGAGAGUACAUUUCAAUGGUCCCUUCUUAAAGGAAUGCUUUAAGCACCUUAACCCAGCAUGCUGUGUCUGGAUGUCCAUUUACAUAUUGUAAGUUAGAAUGAUGUCUUCUUACCUCUGGGUCUGCUGGGUGCCGUUUCUCACCUCCACUAACUCUCUGCUAUGGAGCUUCUUUUGGCUCUCCUGAGCUAAACCAGGCAGUGUAGGGAUUGCUCAUUGGCUGAGAGCAUCAUCUGAUUGCUCUUAUCCAAUGAACUAAGCCCUGUACUGACGAUCAUGGCUCAGACAGAAAGCUUUGGGCUGUCUAGUUGAUGUAGUGGAGUUGGGUAACUGCAUCUGCCAUGCUCCCCUCUUAAGAUGUAAGUGAUUACCGGGGGAAGGGUAUGGUGCUUGCAGUGUUUCUUUUAUAAAGGGUCAUAGAAAUAUAUUCAUUUUUCAAAAUUUCCAAAUAUUAUUUAUUUUUUAAUUUUUGUCCCCACAAUUAUCCCUACAGCAUUUACAUAGUGACUUGUUUCCCAUUACAUAACAGCAGAACAGCAGAUUCUUUAUUGCUCGUUGUGCAAAGACUAUUUGAGUACCAUGCUCCAGUAUUUUUGUGUAACUGCUUAAAGCUGCUUAACAAAAAUGGGGGCCCUCCCAGCAUCAAAAGUCUGAUCUUGUGUUUGGCGCCUGAAUAAUAUGGGUGUUUCAACUCUACAUUAUCCUUGGACAGCAAUAAUAGACUAAUCACAGGCAAGGACCCAGACUUGAGGUACUAGGAAAGCCCUAUUUAUUAUAUAACUGCUUAAAAUAGUUUGACAAUAUACAGGGAAGGUGCACUGCAUGCAACGACUCUUUGCACCAUAACCUAAAUGAUAGUUAUAGGUCUUAGAGUUCUUCUUUUUUAAUUUCUAGAUAAAAGGACCAAAAAAUCUAAAAAAAUAAAAUAAAAAUUGCCUUAUGUAACAUGCAAUAUAGCUAACCCUCUGAAGACUGUUCUUGAUAAUUUGGUGCUAAAACACUUUGUCAGCUCCAAGCCUCAAAGGCAGAAGAACAAGUGCCCCCACUGGAUAUAUGGGUCUUACUCAGGGACAGGAACAGUGAGCCAAGAGAGAUGAUCUGUAAAGGCGAAAAGAUUAAAGGGACACUAAAGGCACCCAGACAACUUCAGUUUAUUGAAGUGGUCUGGGUGCAGUGGGGGAUGAAAACCAAUUUUUCAUGUUUCUUUAACGCAGUGUUCGAUAAAUCCCAGGCGCAAUGGCGAUUAGAAAUUUUCUCCUGAGAUGUGUUAGCCGGUGAGUUGCGGCACAGGCAGAUGGACAGCGGAGGAGGAGGCCGGCUAUAUGGAACAGAGAUAGGGAGGGAGCUGUAAUUUUCCUGCUCUGCUUCCUCUCACACACUACAGUGAUGAUGGGAGCCAGACUAUGAUGUCACUACGGCCCCUGCAUUACUAAAAUGUGCGGGAUAGAAAACAGAGCAGGGAGGUUACAUCAGCCCCACUGAACCCCAGGGAAAGCCUGUCCACUCCAGCUUACCCAAAGGUAGGGUAGCUGGGUGGAUUUAAAUUGAAAUAAUAAAAAAUAUAUAUUUUUAUGUUUGUGUGAGUGUCUGUCUGCCUGUGAGAUUUUGUCUGUCUGUCAGUGUGUCUCUGUUUAUGUAACCGGCCCAACUCUGAUUUUACUCGCAUUUUUCCCCUCACCGUGGCUGGCCCCACCUCCAUGGCUGAGAUAAUCAAUGUCGAUGAUAUCAGCCAAGCCAGUGCUGUCCCAUAUGAAAGCAUUGGGAGGCUAUUGCUUGUGCUCUACAGGGAGUGCAGAAUUAUUAGGCAAGUUGUAUUUUUGAGGAUUAAUUUUAUUAUUGAACAACAACAACCAUGUUCUCAAUGAACCCAAAAAACUCAUUAAUAUCAAAGCUGAAUAUUUUUGGAAGUAGUUUUUAGUUUGUUUUAGUUAUAGCUAUGUUAGGGGGAUAUCUGUGUGUGCAGGUGACUAUUACUGUGCAUAAUUAUUAGGCAACUUAACAAAAAACAAAUAUAUACCAAUUUCAAUUAUUUAUUAUUACCAGUGAAACCAAUAUAACAUCUCAACAUUCACAAAUAUACAUUUCUGACAUUCAAAAACAAAAACAAAUCAGUGACCAAUAUAGCCACCUUUCUUUGCAAGGACACUCAAAAGCCUGCCAUCCAUGGAUUCUGUCAGUGUUUUGAUCUGUUCACCAUCAACAUUGCGUGCAGCAGCAACCACAGCCUCCAGACACUGUUCAGAGAGGUGUACUGUUUUCCCUCCUUGUAAAUCUCACAUUUGAUGAUGGACCACAGGUUCUCAAUGGGGUUCAGAUCAGGUGAACAAGGAGGCCAUGUCAUUAGAUUUUCUUCUUUUAUACCCUUUCUUGCCAGCCACGCUGUGGAGUACUUGGACGCGUGUGAUGGAGCAUUGUCCUGCAUGAAAAUCAUGUUUUUCUUGAAGGAUGCAGACUUCUUCCUGUACACUGCUUGAAGAAGGUGUCUUCCAGGAACUGGCAGUAGGACUGGGAGUUGAGCUUGACUCCAUCCUCAACCCGAAAAGGCCCCACAAGCUCAUCUUUGAUGAUACCAGCCCAAACCAGUACUCCACCUCCACCUUGCUGGCGUCUGAGUAGGACUGGAGCUCUCUGCCCUUUACCAAUCCAGCCACGGGCCCAUCCAUCUGGCCCAUCAAGACUCACUCUCAUUUCAUCAGUCCAUAAAACCUUAGAAAAAUCAGUCUUGAGAUAUUUCUUGGCCCAGUCUCGACGUUUCAGCUUGUGUGUCUUGUUCAGUGGUGGUCGACUUUCAGCCUUUCUUACCUUGGCCAUGUCUCUGAGUAUUGCACACCUUGUGCUUUUGGGCACUCCAGGGAUGUUGCAGCUCUGAAAUAUGGCCAAACUGGUGGCAAGUGGCAAGUGGCAUCGUGGCAGCUGCACGCUUGACUUUUCUCAGUUCAUGGGCAGUUAUUUUGCGCCUUGGUUUUUCCACACGCUUCUUGCGACCCUGUUGACUAUUUUGAAUGAAACGCUUGAUUGUUCGAUGAUCACGCUUCAGAAGCUUUGCAAUUUUAAGGGUGCUGCAUCCCUCUGCAAGAUAUCUCACUAUUUUUGACUUUUCUGAGCCUGUCAAGUCCUUCUUUUGACCCAUUUUGCCAAAGGAAAGGAAGUUGCCUAAUAAUUAUGCACACCUGAUAUAGGGUGUUGAUGUCAUUAGACCACACACCUUCACAUUACAGAGAUGCACAUCACCUAAUAUGCUUAAUUGGUAGUAGGCUUUCGAGCCUAUACAGCUUGGAGUAAGACAACAUGCAUAAAGAGGAUGAUGUGGUCAAAAUACUCAUUUGCCUAAUAAUUCUGCACUCCCUGUAAUCAGCAUUUCCUCAGAGAUGCAUUGAAUAAAAGCAUCUCUACGGGGAACAUUCAGUGUCUUCAUGCAGUGCGCUGAGACUCUGAACGUCACUGUUGGGCAGCACUGGACGAGGAACCACCUUUAGUGGCCGUCUACAUUGCUACAAAGUAACAUCUCUAGUGACAGUCACUCAUGAAAAGGCAGUCAUGGACAGGCGAUAGACAGCAGAACCAUUACAUUAAGCAGCAGUGGUUCUGGUGACUAUAGUGUCCCUUUAAGAAUUGUUUUUUUUUUUUUGUUUUUAAAUCAUUGAAAAUUAAGCUUUGUUAGUUAACACCUGGCUCCUAGAUUCCAAGCAAAUUUGUCAAGCCGUGCUUUAAUGCAUUUUUUUUUUUUUUUUAACCCGGUAAAUGCAUUUUGCCAGUUGUUUUUCUUUGUUUCUCACAUUGUAAUGCUUUCCCAUUCCUCAUCCUCUCCCUGCUUAUUUUCCUGUUGGAAGGGGGAGGCUUUUCUGCUUUUUUCCUUCCUGCAGCCUCUGCUGACAAGUUAAAAAGAUUAUCCUUUCACAUUCCACCCGUCUUUCCUCUCAUUGCAGCUCAGUGUGAAAAUCCAGAGCAAAGAUGACAGACUCAAAAUAUUUCACUACCACCAAGAAAGGUGAGGAGAAAAGUGUUAUUGUGGAUUUUUGACAAAUUCGAAAGGGAAUUAUGUUUAGAGAAGUUGUAAGUUGGCAGUCCUAUUUAUUUGAUGCUUUUUCAGGUGAGAUCUUCGAGCUGAAAGCAGAACUAAACAGUGACAAGAAGGAGAAGAAGAAAGAAGCUGUAAAGAAGGUUAUAGCUUCCAUGACCGUGGGGAAGGAUGUCAGGUAUGCUGGGUGUAUAGGGUUUCCUAGUAAGGGUUGUGUUUCUGUUGUAGUUUACCUGUCAGUCUGGGUUUUGUUUGCAUUCUGUACCUGAUCAAUGGAGCAAAGAUGGAAAGGCACACUUUUCCAUUUACACAGGAUGAAUGGAAAGACAUCUAUGAAUUGUUAAUUUGAGCAGCUGUAACAUGCUACAUGCUCUGAUUGACAGACACAGAGUCAGCAGUGUGUGCUAUCACAGCAUGUUCUUCUGCAUGCGACAUCAAAAUGUCGUAAAGGAAGAGUAGUCCAUAUAAACGUUUGCUGUACUUCCCGAUUGAAGUGCGCUGUCCGCGAUACUCACAGCUCCAGCAUACAUGAAGCUCUGAUCAGCCCACCAUAUGGUUUGCUGCAGGGGAGAUGUCUUGGCAACCCAAGAGCUCCAGUUCUGGCUGUAGGUCAAUCCAGAGUGCACCACUAUGGCUUUAGCUCUCCCACUUAAUGAUCAGAUAAUCAAGUUUUAAUUUUAUAAAAUAAAUAUCUAUUUCAAAGUAUAGGGUAGCUUGGCAUUUAUCUGGCACAUUUUCUACCCCCACCUCUUUAUUUUAAUUCUUAUAUUUAUUCCCAUUCUUUAUUUAGGCUUAGACAGUAGGUGGCAAAUUAUUUAGGUAAACUAGAAAAAUGGUCAGUUGUGGCAACUGACAUUUAAUGUGGAUAAGUGCAAGAUAAUGCAUCUUGGAUGUAAUAUCCCAAGGGCAGAGUACAGAAUAUUUGAUAGAGUCCUAACUUCAAUGUCUGAGUUAAAAGUUUUAGAGGUAAUAAUUUCAGAUGACUUAAAAGUAGGCAGACAGCUUAAUAGAGCUGCAGGAAAUGCUAGCAGAAUGUUUGGUUGUAUAGGGAGUUGUAUUAUUAUUAUUUAUUGCCAUUUAUAUACCGCCAACAGAUUCUGUAGCGCUUUACAAUAUUAUGAGAGGGGGUAUUUAUCUAUAAAUUGAACAAUUACAAGAAAACUUACAGGAACGAUAGGUUGAAGAGGACCCGGCUCAAACAAGCUCCCAGUCUAAAGGAGGUGGGGGUGUAAAACACAUUAGAACAGGAAAUGGCAAUCAAAUAGGGUGGGGGUGAAGCAGAGGUGGAGGAGAGAGUAGAGUGCUGCCCUUUAGGAGAGAGCAAGAGACUGGUAUGUGAGGUAGAAGUUACUCUGGGAGGCCAUAAGCUUUCCUAAAGAGAUGGAUUUUAGGGCACUUCUUAAAUGAUUGAAAACUAGGGGAGAGUCUGAUGGCGGUAGGCAGGCUAUUCCAAAGGAAGGGAGCUGCCCGCGAGAAGUCCUGAAAGCGUGAGUUGUCCGUACGGGUGCGAGCAGCAGAGCGGAGAGACCAAGAAGGGGCAUACCUAUGGAUCUGUGAAGAGAUGUAAGAGGGGCUAGAAUUGUUCAGUGCUUAAUAGCUAUGGGUUAGCACUUUUAAUUUAAUCCUAAAGGAUACCAAUGUAAGGACUGACAGAGGAAAAUCAGUCUGGCGGCGGUAUUUAGCAGUAGAAAGACGGAAGUGCUCAUGCCAUUUUAUAGAAGACUGUUGAGACCCCACUUGGAGUAUCGUACGCAGUACUGGAGACCGUAUCUCCAGAAGAAUAUUGACACUUUGGAGAGAGUUCAGACAAGGGCUACUAAACUGGUUAAUGGAUUACAGGAUAAACUUAGAAGGAAAGGUUAAAGGAUCUUAACAUGUAUAGUUUAGAGGAAAGACAAGACGGGGGGAUAUGAUAGAAACAUUUAAAUACAUAAAGGGAAUCAACACAGUAAAGGAGGAGACUAUAUUUUAAAAGAAGAAAAACUACCACAACAAAAGGACAUAGUCUUAAAUUAGUGGGGCAAAGGUUUAAAAAUAUCAGGAAGUAUUACUUUACUGAGAGGGUAGUGGACGCAUGGAAUAGUGUUCCAGCUAAAGUGGUAGAGGAUAACACAGUGAAGGAGUUUAAGCAUGCGUGGGAUAGGCAUAAGGCUAUCCUAGCUAUAAGAUCAGGCCAGGGACAAAAUGAGAGUAUUUUAAAAAAAAAUUUGGACAGACUCGAUGGGCCAAAUGGUUAUCUGCCAUCACAUUCUAUGUUUCUAUGUGAUACAAAGGAAUUGACAGUUGACAUUCAUUUUAAAAAAAUCAUAUUACAUGUCAUACCAUAAUAGAUUUCUUUCAUCAAUACAUAUAUCUGUUUAAUAAAUAUUUAUGGGUUUAGUUCUUGUAAUAAUCCUACAGCUUUAUUGCCUUGUACAAUUUCAUUAAAUGACAAAGAAAUUGGUUUUGUUGCCAUAACGUUGUCUUUAGUUCUACACAUUAUUAUCUUACUGAAAAAGUUAUUUGCAUUAUUUAUCAUAUGGCUGCUGUAAAGCCUCCAUUUCUUGAUCAGAAUUUUGAACUGACAAAGAAUACAUGCCUUGAUCAGUCUCUGUAUUCUACAAACCAUGUUCUUCUGCAACCAACAUAUUAAAAUGUUGUAAAGUAAAAGUAGGCCGUGGGAAUAGUAAUUAUAAACUUUUGCUGGACUUUCCCCUUUAAGUGCACUGCCCGAUACUCACAGCUCUAUUAUUUCUGAAACUCUGAUGUUUGUAAUCAUUAUGCAUUUAUUUUCAUCAAAUAUACUGAUAUAAAUAAUGAAGUAUUAUCAUAGUACCAUAUUUUAUCCAUUUUGUUCACGGUACUGUAUGUGAUAUCUUGUGUAGUACUAAGUUUGACUCUGAUUUCCAUGGCAGUGCCUUGUUUCCAGACGUGGUCAAUUGCAUGCAGACUGAUAAUCUGGAACUGAAGAAACUGGUCUAUUUGUACUUGAUGAACUAUGCUAAAAGCCAGCCAGACAUGGCUAUCAUGGCUGUGAACACCUUCGUUAAGGUAAGUUUCUUUGCGUAGAAUAAGGCUGAACUACCUUUUUUUUUUUCAUCUAUUUUACCUUUUUUAUUUAUUCCAGGUAUUGGUGGCCAUUUGCUUUCCAAUUAUGUAAUUUUUAAGAAUGUUUCAGACCUGUGAUCUGUUCCAAUAUUUUGGAUUUUCCUAUUAAUUUAACCAGUGCAUCGGAUGACGAGUUAUAUGGCUUAGCAAGAAUGCAUCUUGGCUAUCCAGUUUAAUCUGGGAAUACAAGUUUUUGUUAAUGGCCCUUUUGACAUAUAAUUUGCACUUGUGAUUCUGUAGCUGACUCUAGUCAUUUUACAGAGUGAAAAUGUAUAAGUACCUCAAUCCCACUAAACCAGUCAGAAUUUCUAUGGUGAAGUGUUGAUUUUGAUGUUUGAACAUACUGGAUCUGUAGAAAAACCUUAAAGUUAAGGAUUUUUUAAAAUUUUUAUUUCAGCAUGCCACCAUUAAGUCCAUUUUCGUUCAGGGACAUCUUCAAAAUGUUCUUCUAAAUACCCUAUGCCAGCAUGAAAUACUAUUAAUUUAGCAUUGUAAAUUAUAUUCUGGAUUGUUACUUUUGUUAAAAGAGCAGUAGAACAUAUAAUUAAGGAUGUAUAUUAUUUUGACAGCAGAGUGUCAUUGGUCCUUAUGGAUUUGAGGAUGUUAUUGGAUGUUUUAUGACUAUUUAAGUGUGUUUAAUGGCUUUUUACAAUCUGUACAAAGCAUCCGUAAAUAUUAUAUUGCUUUACUUAGUAAUAAUGACCAUUUCAUCUUUCCAUAAAUAAAAUAUAAUCUUCUUCCAUCUAGUCAUACAUUGUGAGUUAAUGAAUAUUUCCCUUUUCCCCAGGACUGUGAGGACCCUAACCCACUGAUCCGUGCACUGGCUGUGCGCACCAUGGGCUGCAUCCGUGUGGACAAAAUCACAGAGUACUUAUGUGAGCCACUGCGCAAGUGCCUGAAGGAUGAAGACCCGUAUGUGCGUAAGACUGCUGCUGUCUGUGUGGCCAAACUACAUGAUAUCAAUGCUCAGCUGGUGGAAGAUCAGGGUUUCCUGGACACCUUAAAAGAUCUCAUCUCGGAUUCCAACCCAAUGGUAAUUGCACUUUAAGUAUUUCAAGUACAUCACAAUGUUGGUAUUUAUUGUAAAAGCACUUUCCUCUUAAGGAUUAUUGUUAGUUGUGUAUUGUUAAUUUAAUUCUAAAUCCCCAACUCAGUCAAGCAUUUUGUCAUUUUCAGACAUAAAAUACUAGUGGCACAGGUGAUAAGGACCAUGUUGUGUUUACAGUCUAGUUAAAGAAACACUAUAGUGUCAGGAAUAAAAAUACAGUUAAGACUUCCAGCCCCGCUUUGCUUUUUUUUUAAAAAGGCAUGAAACUUACCUUUAUUCCAACACUGUGUGUGGGUCUUGCCACAGCUGGCUCCGUCUUCUUGGCUAAAAAUAAAAAUUGACAAUCUCAUCCAAUCCAAUGCUUUCCCAUAGGAAAGCAUUAAGUGGCUAUUGCUAUCAAUGCAUCUCUAUGGGGAAAAUUUACAUUAAAAUGCCUGCAGGGAUAAGCUGUAGACACCAGAACAACUACAUUAAGCUGUAGUUGUUCUAGUGACUAGUGUUCCUUUAAGUGAUGGCAAGCCUUGACAUUGCACCACACUCUUUCAUACGAUAGAAUGUGCAAAAUAAGUAUUUGCAUUAUUAUAUCCACAUUCAUCUGCUGUCAAGGUUAGAUACCAUUGGUCAGCAUGAUGUAAUGUAGGCCAUAUUCAACUUAACAGUGAACAAAACUUUUCUAUAUAAUAAAGAGGUUAAAAAAAAAAAAAACUAAACAUAUUUUAAUGGGAAAAUCUUUGAAGCAGUCUCCCUUUGAAAAGACAUAAUGGAGCAUAUCACUGUAAGUAAAAAAUAAGAUUUUGUAAUCCGCGCCUUUUUGUUCCUUUAAUUCAGUAUUGCUAUAAAAGUGAGUCUUUCAUCCAAUUCUGCUGCUUAUUUUUAUUUUCCUUUAUUAUUCCUCACCAGGUUGUGGCUAAUGCAGUAGCAGCUUUAUCAGAGAUUGCAGAGUCACACCCAAGCAGCAAUCUCUUGGACUUGAAUCCUCAGUCCAUCAAUAAGCUAUUGACAGCCUUAAAUGAAUGCACUGAGUGGGGUCAGAUUUUCAUCUUGGAUUGUCUUGCUAACUAUGCUCCUAAAGAUGACCGUGAAGCACAGAGGUAUGAAAUAUUUAUUAUUGAUUACCCUGGAAGGCAAUAACCAUUUCAGUUCAUUGAGCAGAGCGGAAUUUGAAUGUGGGGAUACAUGCCAUGUGACUUCAUAGUAUAAAGAAAUACCAUGACCUUGUUUUUGCCAAAGCCUUUAGAUAUUUGUUUGGCUUUUAGAAGAGUAGUUAUUGUCUUAUUUUUAGAGCGGCAGAGAAAGUGUACAUGUUCUUCAAUUGUCUUUUUGAGUUAAGUAAAUUACCAUAUUAAAGGGAAACUAUAGUCCCCAAAACCACCACAGCUUAAUGUAGUGGUUCUGGUGGUCACCAGAGCUGCUUCCUAGUCCAGUGCAGCACAGUGUACAGCACCUAUGUACAGCGUUUCUGCAAAGAGGUGCUGAAAGGUCCUCACAGAGAUGGAUUGAUUCAAUAAAUUUCUUUGAGGGGAUUCUGAUUGGCGCAGCAUGGUUUCCAAAUAGUUUCCUAUGGAAAAGCAUUGACUUGGCUGAGAAAAGGUACAUUUAAUUUCACUGCACAUAGAGGGGAACUGUUCACCUAAACAGCCACUCCAAGACUAUAGCCUUAGGAAUACAUGUUUGUAUUGCUAACACUAUAGUGUUCCUUUAAAAUUCAUAUAUAAUCCAUAUAUUUUAUGUAAAUGUAUAGUUUUUAUUUAAAGUGUACCUAAAAAUGCAAAGAUAGAAAGAAUGAUUAGAUCAUCUGUCCAUCCCCACUCCUAUCCAUCUAAAAUUGACUGACAAAGUAGAACAUGAAAACCUUUCUACAGUUGGUUCAGUUGCUCUCCAGCACAGCAACCAUAGUACAUACAAACGAUAAUUUAAAAAAACUGUCCACUAAAGAGCAGAGCAUUGUAAAAAGGAGUGAUUAAGCUGCUUGUGACUAUCGAUGGGCUCAGCCUAUGCCCUUCAUACAGUGUACAAUGAUCUGGUAAGCGUGUGUACUUCAGUCCCGCUUAUCUGCACCCUACCAGCCCCUGGCCAAGGUACAGUCCAAUGUACCAGUCUCACAAGUCCCUAGUCAUGCUGCAAAUGGGACUUGGUAUAGAGGCCCUCAGCCAGGCUUAUUGAUAUCAUGAUGAGUAAGGGCCACCUGAGGAUGUGAGUGGUAAUUAAGGGGAUGACCAAUGUUGGACUGUGGCCCAGGAAGGCAGCGGUCUACAACAGGACCAAGCUGUUGGCUUUGAAGCAUUUUAUGAGGCCUUGGCUUCACCUCCAAUCAUGGUCUCGCCCAGUAGGCUGGAGUAUAGCUGUAACGAUAGACCUCUUCGUUCUUCAGCCGAUUAUACUCCAGAAUUGCGCCCAUAUGUGCUCAAAGGCCCUAGUGAGACGUUUUUUGGCGACCAUCUUAGUUUGCAACUCGCAGGGAGACCGCUCCGUGUAACUGUCAGAUCUGGUCGGGGUGAGUGUGGUAUCAUCCCAGCAGGACUGGAAUAACCCCCCACCAGUCCAUGGGGGAGAGGGGUGGUUGGGAGCAUGCUUGGUUUGUACGAGCGCGAGGAAGCGACCAUCUCAGCCGCCCACAGGCCGCAACUUUGUUCCAACCUCUGGCUGCAUUAUUGCAAGUGUGUUUUCACAGGAUCCUGAUGGGUGCACAGCUUGUGUUUUUGCCCAAGAAUAUUGAACGAUUAUCAAGAAAAUUGAUGAGAGUUAAUGUCAUAGACCUGGAGUUCAAGCUCGAUGUGUGUAGCCAGCUGAGCCGUCAGGCUCCACCUCCUUAAACAGGGUUAUUUACUAAGCUCUGAAUUUUAACAGGUUAAAUCUAAAUUGCACAAUUAGGCAAAAUUAGCUGUUCUUGAAACAUUCUCCAACUCUGCUCUAGUCACUGCAUAGUUAUUGAAGCCUGUUUUUUUUGUUUUUGUUUUGUUUAAUUUGAUUUUAAUUUAUUAAGAUAGAGUUUGGUAAAGAAACGUCCCAGUCUUGUGUGGGAAAUAGAACUAAUGGUAGUAAUAUUGUAUGGUAAAUUAUAGAGAGAAUAGGAUACAUAGUAGCGAAGCCUGCAGUAGGGAAACAUUAUAGAGAUCAUUAUAAACCACAAUACUAGCGAACAGGUUUAUUUUAUGAAUGUCUCUAGAACCACAAGAUGGCGCUGUUCUUCUCUAAUACAUGUUUCAGCAGUGUUCUGUAUUGUUACACUUUUUUUAUUUUUUUUUCUUCAGUUAGGUUAAGAUUCCUUUUACUCUUACUGCAGCACUUUAAAAUGCCAUGGCUUUCUCAAGAUAGGUGGGAGGUACACUCCAGCUUAAUUCAACCCUUCUCGUUGUCUUGCUUACAUACUGGGAGAAGAGCUUGAGUGAAAGUUCAAUUCUCUCUUCUCACCUUCUCUAGCAUCAUAAUUAAAGGAAGUUUAAUUAACGGCAGCAACCACAAAGCUAUUGCCUGGGAUUGUGACUCUGGAUUUGAUAUGUAUAUCACAGGGUUGAAUUGAGUAGGAGCAGUCUAAAUGUUGAAAUACAAUUUUAUAUAUUUAUAUAUUUAUAUAUGGAAUUGACAUGCAUGGCAUUUUGUCUUGUCCAUUUUUCUGUAGCUUGAAACUAUAAUUUUAGAUGUAGUAUACUGUCUUUGCUUUUUCUUCCUUUUAUAUCGUACUUUGUUGGUUAAGAUUAAGGAGUUUGUAAUUCCUGAGAAAAUUAUAUUAUUUUGUACUCUAUCUUUUUUGUUUUAAUUUUAUUGUAUUUUUUUUUUUUUUGUACCGGACCAGCUCUUUAGAUGGAGCAAUUUGUAAUUUUCAAUCUUAUGAUUCUUGUUGCCUCCAUAGUAUAUGCGAAAGAGUGACACCACGGCUCUCACAUGCAAAUUCAGCUGUGGUUCUCUCUGCUGUGAAAGUUCUAAUGAAAUUCAUGGAGCUCCUGUCCAAAGACCUGGACUACUAUGGAACACUACUGAAAAAACUUGCCCCUCCACUGGUUACCCUCCUCUCUGCCGAACCUGAGCUGCAAUAUGUUGCACUACGCAACAUCAACCUGAUUGUGCAAAAACGGUGAGAAUAGCACCAAUUGUUUCUUUACAUUAAACACCUUUUUAGACGUUCUCAUAAUGUGUAACUUCCAAUUCUGUGCUUUCUUGCAGACCAGAGAUAUUAAAACAUGAAAUGAAGGUGUUCUUUGUGAAAUAUAAUGACCCAAUAUAUGUGAAACUGGAGAAGUUAGAUAUUAUGAUACGCCUAGCAUCUCCUGCAAACAUUGCACAGGUCAGUGUGUAUACUUUACCUUCACAUAUAUUUAGGCGAACUACGCUUUCAAUUAAGAGCAGCUGAUAAACCACGAUGAUUAAUGGAUCUUCAAUUGUUUGCGCAUAUCAGAUGACUCUAGGUAAUGCAUUAUAUAGUGUAAAAUACAGCAAAUAACACAUAAGUAAAUAAAACUGGCACUGGAUAUGCUCACUGUAUGUUGUGUGUAGAUCUAUACAGUUUUGUGCAAAAGUUGUAGUCCUCAAUAAUUUAUAAAAAAAAAUAUGAACCCUCCAACACACACUAAAUGUGUACAUUCAUCCAAAAACACAUUAUUGUUGGUUGAUUAAUGCAGAACAGUGUAAUAUAUGGCAGUCAAGUAAUGUUAAAACAUAAUUCAUUCAAUUGUAUAUUUGUGUCUGAAAGUAGAUUAUCCACUUUUAAACAAUAUUUUGCCGUUUAAUCCAAAUAACGGAUGAUACAGGUAGAAUGAUUGAAUUUCAAAACUGAUUGUGUUCGUUUCUCGCAAUAAAUAGUAUAGCUCUGUCAUGGGCACGCGGCCAUAGGUCGCCGGGGGAGGGGGCCACUGGCUGUCUGCAUCAAUUCAGAGUAGGCACCUGCCUGCCCAGAACGGCAGGAGCCUACUCUGCUUCCGUGUCGGGAGGACCAGGAAGCAGGGGGAGAGAUCUAGGAAGCAGCUCUCCUGUCCUCCCGUGAGCAAUCUGUGUGGAUCGUUGCUGUGCAUUACCAUGGCAAUGCUCCACACAGCAUCGCGCAGGAGGACAGGAGAGCUGCUUCCUAGAUCCCUCCCUCUGCUUUCUGGCCCUCCCCACAGCACAGCACCCCUGCUCCCUGCGGCUGGCACCCUGCUCCCCACAGCACAGCACAGCACAGCACCCCUGCGUCCCCCACAGCACAGCACCCCUGCCGACCCCACAGCACCGCACCCCCUGCCAGCCCCUCCACCACGCCCCAGCACAGCACCCCCUGCCGCCCGCCCCACAGCACAGCACCCCUGCAGCCCCUCCCAUGGCCCCCACCUUUUGGCACCCCUGCCGCCCCACCCCCACAGCACCCAGCACCCUGCCGCCCCUCCCUUUAGCACCCUCGUGUGUGUGUGGUCGGUGUGUGGUAUGUCGGGGUGUGUGUGUGUGUAUAUGUGAUGAAACUGGCCGGUGUGUGUGUGUGUGUGUAUGUGAUGUGGCGGUGUGUGUGUCUUGGUCCCGGUGUGUGUGUGUGUGUAUGGCGGUCGGUUAUUGUGUAUGUGAUGCUGGUCGAUUGUGUGUGAGCGGUCGGUUGUGUGUGGUGGGUGUGUGUAUGUGAUGGUGAGUUGUGUGUGUGUGUGUGUGUAUUAUUGUGUGAUGGUGAUUAUUGUGUGUGUAUGGGCCGGUGUGUGUGUGUGUGUGUGUGUAUGUGGUGUGUGUGUAUGUAUUAGGCGGUCGGAGUGUGUGUGUGUGUGUGUGUGUGUGUGUGUGUAUAUAUAUAUAUGUAUAUAUAUAUAUAUAUAUAUAUAUAUAUAUAUAUAUAUGUAUAUAUAUAUAUAUAUAUAUAUAUGUAUAUGUAUUAAGCAGUCGGUGUGUGUGUGUGUGUGUGUGUGUGUGUGUGUGUAUAUAUGUAUGUGUAUGUGUGUGUAUAUGUGUGUGUGUGUGUGUAUAUAUAUAUGUGUGUGUGUGUAUAUAUAUUGUAUUAAGCAGGCUGUGUGUGUGUAUGUAUGUAUGUAUGUAUUAAGCAGGCGGUGUGUGUUCAGCAGUGUGUGUAUGUAUUGCAUUUGUUGGAGAUACUAAUAAAUAUAAGCUGAAUUUUAUCUAUUUAUAUCACUAUUUAAAAUUUGUAUCACUGAACUCUGUUGUUCUUCUUUUAAAACAAAAGAUGUUAAUUAGUUCGGACAACUGUAUGAGUUGUUUUUUCUUAACUUAAACCUCAGUAUGCAGGUUAAUUGCCGUGUUGGCACUUUGAGGGGAAAAAAGUUGGCAUGUAUUGUGGUUUGGGCACUCGGGCUCAAAAAGGUUUGCCAUCACUGGUAUAGAUCCUUGCUCGUGUCUCUUACUGUUUUUUUGGACCUUUGUUGGGUUUCAAAUUGAGCACUAGUUUUUAUAUUAAAGGGACACUUUAGUCACUAGAACUACAGCUUAUUGUAUUUUUUUCUGGUAAGUAGAAUCAUUCCCUUCAGGCUUUUUGCAGUUAACACUAUUUCAGAGAAAAUGCAUUGUUUACAUUACAGCCUAGGGAUACCUCCACUGGCGGCUACUCAUAUGGCUACUAGAGGUGCGUCCUGGGUCUGUUCAGCACUGCCAUGCUGUGUCUCCACCCUCUUCAUUGAGACAGUAAACUGUCCUCAUAGAUUCAAUGCAUUUCUAUGAGAAGAUGCUGAUUGACCAGGGCUAUAUUUGGCUUGUGCUUUCUCUACCCCUGAUCCUGCUUUCUUAACAAGCUCAGCCAAUCUAAUGCUUUCCUAUGUGAAAGCAUUGUAAUUGGCUCAGAACACCACUUCUGAUGUCAGUCAAGCAGGCAUAUUGGGGGCAGAGCCAGCAGCUGCAGACUGGAAUAAAGGCAAGAUGUUGCUACAUUUAGGGGGAAAUGGGUGUGGAGGGGGGAGCAGGAGAGCAAGAUUGUGGUUUUAACACUCUAGGGUCAGGAAUACAUGUUUGUGUUCCUGACCCUAUAGUGUUCCUUUAAAAUUUAAUUAGAAGAAUAUUUUGUUGAUUACAACUAAAAGCAGAACCUUUUAUUAUUCCUCCAGAAUCCCCCGUGUUUUAGGUUAUUUAUAUCCAGACAGACUUUUCAUGCUGGAAACAAACAUCUGAUUGGCUUUGGAGAGAUUAAUAUAUUUCGUCAUCUAUUUCUAUAGACACUCAAAGGACUGUGUGCAGGGGGUAGCACAAAUCAUAAAUGGUAAAAGACAACAAAAUUGCACUUACAGGGGCACUGUAGGCUUCUAGACCACUUCAUCUCAUUGAAGUGAUUAUCGUGUAGUGUCCCUGUCCCCAUUAGCCCUACAGUGUAAAACGUUGCAGUGUUAAGACUGCCUCUAGUGGCUGUCUGGUAAGAGCUUCCUAGUUUUACAGAGUUUCACUUGGUGAAACAACGCUGGAUGUCCUCAAGCUUUGCAUUAGGACAUCAAGCAGAUUGAAAACCCCUAUAUGAAAGCAUUGAGUCAAUGCUUUCCUAUGUGCAAGGUCGAAUGAGCGGUGCUCGAUGCACACUAGGUACCCCCCAUCGGCUGAAGUUGGCAGAGGAGGAGCCAGACCCAACACUGGGCGACAUCGCAGGUGAAAUCAGGUUAAAGGUUUUUGUUGUGGUUGUUGUUUUGAGUUUUUUUAUUUUUUUUAAACCCUUGGACUGGGCAGUGGGACAUUUAGUGUCAGGAAUACAUCUUUGAACUCCAUCUAUGGCAGCGUCACUGGGGCAUUAUUAGUCAGCCUGAAACUAGAGUUCUGGAUGGCUAAUUUUAAUUCUGUAUUGUGUACUUAAUUUUUUUAUUCAUCUCAACAUUCAGGUUCUAGCAGAACUUAAGGAAUAUGCCACAGAGGUUGACGUUGAUUUUGUCCGAAAAGCUGUGAGAGCGAUUGGGCGCUGUGCGAUUAAAGUGGAGGUAAUGGAUGCCAGUCUAUUACAUUUUAAGCUCCAGUCUAGUAAUUUAUACCGUGAAGAAAAAUACACUGUGAUAACCAGCGUGCUCCUCUUCUCCCCACAGCAAUCUGCCGAGCGUUGUGUUAGCACUCUGCUGGACCUUAUCCAAACCAAAGUGAAUUAUGUUGUACAGGAAGCCAUUGUUGUUAUUAAGGACAUUUUCAGGAAGUACCCUAACAAGUAGGAGUUCUUUUUACCUCAAUUUCCUCAAGCAAUUUUUUUUUUUUUUCCCUUAUAGGCUAUAGGCUCUAGAAUGUUUAACCUAAUUCUGAUUGUAACUAUAUAUGUUUAGCAUGUAAUGUUGGGAAGUAAUAUUUUAGUCUAGUCACCUGUAGCUUUUGUAAAAAGUACACAAUUUGUUUUAUAUACAUAGCAAAAAUAUUUUAAGGCUCGUCUUGAAAGUAUAUGGGGAUUUAUUCAAACAUGGCAUUAUUGUGGUUAGCCCGCCACUUCAACAUGGUAGCCUUUAAACUAACUAGUUCACCCUCCCUGUCCUUUAAGGUAUGAGAGUGUCAUCUCAACAUUGUGUGAGAAUCUGGACUCACUUGAUGAGCCCGAAGCCAGGGCUGCCAUGAUCUGGAUUGUUGGGGAGUAUGCAGAGCGUAUUGACAAUGCUGAUGAGCUGCUUGAGAGCUUCCUGGAGGGUUUCCACGAUGAGAGCACACAGGUGAGUUAUGUAACUGCUGUCCAUAUAUGGAAGCAAAAACGCAGUACAUAGUUGGUGAUGGUUUUUUAAUGUGUAUAUGUGUAUCAUCUGCUCUCCUGGUUAUGAACACUGUAUAUCUGCAAAGAUGAAUAUGUUUAAGUUGUUGUGCUGGAGCAUUUUAGUUAUAAAGAAAGGUUAACAAAUGUAAAUCUGUUUAAUUUAGAAAAAUGGCACCUAAGAGGGGGUAUGAUGGAAUUAUACAAAUAUAUUCAGGGCCAAUACAAACCAUUGUGUGGAAAUCUAUUCAUAAACUGGACUAUAAAUUGGACACAAGUCAUGCAUUUAGACUGGAAGAAAGGAGAUUUAGUGUAAGGCAUAGGAAAAUGUUUUUUAGAGUAAGGGCAAGACGUUCAAUAAAUUCUGAUAGCCGAAAGUUAUGCCCAACCAUGCAAAUUGACUAGGUUUAUAGAAUUUUUAUAAACCUUUAUUACAUGCUUUUCAUUGUUUGUUUAUUUUUUUUUUUCUUGUUUUAUUUUGGUUUGUAUAUUUGGUUAAAAGAGUUUACUUGCUGGAUUAAAAAAAAUAUUGUCAAGUAAUGCAUGUCUCUUUUAGUGCAUGGUUGCUAGAAUAAACCUUCUGUUAUAUAAAGAAUGCCCUGGAUAUGUAGCUGACUUUGUCUAUUAUUAUUCUCUACAAUCCCAUUUCUAACUCUUGCAAGUGUAGCAGAUAUAUAAAUAUGUGUGCAUGUAUUUGUAAAUAUAUUAUUUUAUUAUAUAAGAUUUUCAGUAUAUUAGAGGAAAUUGCACUCUUAUAAAAAGCUAGGUAAAACUUGGAUUGUGUGUGCAGUGAAUGCCAUAUAUUAAGUAUGUUGGAAUCAUUAGAAUUUACAGUUGAACAUAAUUUUUCUUUCUUUUUAUUCUUCUUCAGGUUCAGUUGCAACUUCUGACAGCUAUUGUGAAGCUGUUCUUGAAGAAGCCAACCGAAACACAGGAAUUGGUGCAACAAGUGCUAAGCUUGGCAACACAGGUGUGUAUGAAAAAUCUUAAUUAUGUGUCGGUGUCUUUCGAUGACAAAGUGGGUUAUAUUUAACUGAUCAGUGGAGACAGAAAGUAGGUAGAACUACUUAUUUGUGUCCUGUAUCCAUUUUCAGUAUGUUAGGGAUAAUUGCAUUCCUAUAAAUAGCUGGCUAAAACUUGGAAAUAUGUGUUUUUAUGUGCUUUUAGACUCCCUGCACUAAUUUGAGUUUAAGAGAAAGUAGAUAAGAAAAUAUGUAGCACUGCAUGGAUUUACCAAGGUGUGUAAUUGUGGGAUAAAUUCUUGUGAAUCCUGACAGUUAAGGUAUUCUAUAGUGCCAGGAAAACAAACCGUUACAAUUAGACAUUUCUGGUAGUAAUAGUAUCUCAACCAGAAGGUUUUCAAUAAUGUUUUUGUAAUAGCUUUCCAGUAAAUGCCCCACUCUUCCCUUUUUUUUUUUUUUUUUAAAGAAAUCAGUUCCUAGAGGUACUGAGGCUUAAUGAGUUGUAGUUAGACUUUAUUUGAACUAUUUUUAUAUAGUUAGCAUUUUGGUGCAUUUUUUUCUUUAAGAAACAUUCUCAGUACAAAGCAAAACAAGUUUAAUACAUCAACCAUUUACAAAUGACAACUAUACAAAACAGAAAAGGAAAAGUAUGGAGUAGGGAGACCACCUGUGAUGUACCCAGUUUGUCCUACAUGCAAAGAUAAUGUGAUCAACUGUGGAUGUAAUUUGGCCAAGAAUCCCAGGUUCUAAAAAAUAUUGCAUACUUUUGCGGUCAGAUUAUCCAUCAGAUAAUUAUGUUCCAUUUUAGCAAACACAAAUAAUAACCAUCAGCCAGCCUGCUAUUAAUUCCUCAGAUUACUAGUACAUUUUUCAUUAAAUAGUGAUUGAUGGUUCCCCUGUCCCCACCCCCAUAAUCUAAACUGUUGAUGCUUGAUAUGCAAGCAUUUCAUUGUUUUUGUCUUCUACAGGAUUCAGAUAAUCCAGAUCUUCGUGACCGUGGCUACAUUUACUGGAGGUUGCUCUCAACAGACCCAGUUGCUGCAAAGGAAGUGGUACUGGCAGAGAAGCCACUGAUCUCUGAAGAGACAGACCUCAUCGAGCCCACUCUUCUUGAGGAGCUGAUCUGUUACAUUGGGACUCUGGCAUCCGUUUAUCACAAGCCUCCAAGCGCCUUUGUGGAGGGGAGUCGAGGAAUUGUUCCGAAGAGAUUACCUCCACGGACAGGCUCGUGAGUAUUUUGCUGAAAGAUUAAUUACUUGCACUACUUCUUAUGCUUCUUACAUGCAGGCAUCCUCUCUGUACAUGGCAGCAUUAGUGGUUCAUUCUUCUUUUUAGAAGUGAUACAGUUUUCUGUCUUGAACAUUCUAAUGACAUAUUAUUAUUUUAAUUCAAGAAUGCUACAGUUGGAUGGUAUUUUCUAUAUUUGCUUUAGGUAUUGUUUGUUGGCUCUUCUUGCUACUGGAAACUCUUUUGGUUUUAUGUUUGUGUAUUCUGUCUAUGACAAGUUAUUUAUUAUUAACGUGUAGUAAAUCCGUUAUCUGUAAUCUGUCUAAAUGUAAUGUAUAGUUAAAAUGCUUGAGAGAACCUGGUGAUUUCCAAAACCAGUAUCCCGUAUACAAGUGGCUCCUUUUUAUCAGCUGGUCUAUGGGGUACCCAGUCAAUCUUCAUCUGAUGAUUAGUGUUCCACUAAAGAGUGUAAGAGCAGUGAGCACGGAAUCCCCCAGUCGCAAAGCAUAGUGUUAAAAAAACAAAAAACAAAACAUAACUCUCUUUUUGUAAACCAAUACAGAAAUAUGCAUUAAGACUAACCUACUUAUCCACUAUUGAUAAUCAUAUAAACCCUUUUGGUGGAAAUGUCUUUGGGAUAAUACUUUGAGUACUUAUUCUCUUCUUCAUAUGGAGGUAGACUACAAAAACAUGCUAGUGGAAAUUAUGAAGCCUGACUUGUAUGCUUUUAAAUUUUAUCUUUGUUGUGCCCUGUUGAUGGCUGUAUAUGAACUGAAUAAAGUACUCUUGCUUUUUGCAGUUAUCCUAAAGUAAUAUGUCAAUAUGUCAAGUAGGUGCCCAAAGCUACACAUUGGAAACAUUCCUCUUCAUAUUUGGAAAUUGUCUUUAGAUGUUACUGAGAAAGAUAUUUUGCCUCUAUUUGUAUAGAAUUAAUAAUUUUUUAUUGCUCCCCCCCCUUUUCAAUAUUUAAGUUUAUAAUUUGUACCUUUCCCACAGCAGUGAGAGUGCGGAGAGCCCAGAAGUUGUCCCUGUAGGAGCUCCACCUACUGAGACACAUGCUUCUGUUAUCCCAUCACAGGGUGAUUUGUUGGGUGAUCUCUUAAACCUGGAUCUUGCUCCACCCAUCACCGGACCACCACUAACCACAAGCACUGUGCCGUUGGCAGGUGUAGAUCUUUUAAGUGGUGGCCUCGACAGUCUGGUAUGUAAUAUGUGUAGAUCAGUGUUAAUAUGCUUGAGUGGAGAAUGGGGCAUGGUUCUACUGUAUUUUCGAUAACCACAAAGGGAAGAGAAGGGCUACGAAACAAUGAGGUAGAACUUACGGCAAACAACCUAUAAUGUGGGAAGCCUUGUUAUCACCACCAAAAUAACAACAUGAAAAUAACAAUGUAGUUGCUCCAAAAGAAACAAAUGGUAAAUGACUAUCUAGGUUGACAAACUAGAACUGCAACAAAAUAUAGUGAUGAACAGUCUGUAAUAAAGAACUAGACGUAGGUUCCUCACUUGAAUUAUCUUGUAAUGGUGUAAACAAAUGGGCAGAUGGGCUUAUUUAGAUAAAUCAACAAAUGUGUAUAUGUGUGUGUCUGUACAAAUGCGUGCAGUAAUAUUUCCAUGGUGGAAACAUGCAUCAUCUCUUAACGUCUUAGUUUAUUGUUCUUUGUUUUUAAUUUAUACCAUCAAUUUAUUAUGAAGUAUGGAACUACAUGGUAUUGAACUUUUUUUUUUUUCUGCUUUCAAAUAAGGCUUAAUAUCUAUUAUUAGUGCAUCUCUCCUAAAAUCUUCCCUUGCUGUUCCCCUUACUUCCCUUUACUUUUUCUUUUUCCCCCUCUCUCAAUGUUCUUUCUUGCGCUGUCGCUGGCUGUCUCCUACUGCGGCUUUUGUGUGUGUCUCUCUGCCUCUACUUUGACUGCCUUCGCCCUGCAUCCCCUCUCACUUGCUUCAAGAUUGUGGAAGAUACAGAAGGGGUAUGCCACGGGUGACUUUUUUUAUUAAAAAUUGCAUGGUUUCUGGGGGUCUCAGUCCUCCAUUACGGACACAUCUUUUGAGAGCUUCAUCAGACUGGCAAUCACAGUUAUUGACAUUACAUUCAUUAGUGAUCUUCACUCAGCAAAUGUACCUAUCAGGUAGCAAUGUGAACCAAAGCUAAAGUCUUAUUUUUAAAAUGACUUAUUGAACAGCUCCUCCUCACCUCUACAUUUGAUGCUCUUCCUUUUUUUUUUUCUUUUAAUAUAUCUCUACAGUUGGGAGGAGACACAAGUGCGGGCCUACCUGUAAGUAUCUGUCAUGUACCCAACUCCUACAGUGAUUAUUUGGUGGGUCACUGCAUCUAAUGUACUGUUAAUCUUCCAAUGAUCUUAUUUCUUCUUCUUAAACUCAGUUGAUUCCAUGUUGACAUAAUUAGAAAAAUAAGAGGCAGGCGAUUGUAGAUUAUCAGGUGCAUGUCAUUCUACUUAAAUGAUCAUUUGGGGACAUCUCCAUCAAAAUUGAUCAUAUAAGACAAAAAAGCACUUUGUACGCUCUCAGUAAGCCAAUGGUUGUGAGCAUUAUUCCAGCCAUACCCCAUCUAAAAACCAUUUUUCAUAGUAGUGUUCAUCUCCACAUUUAUAACACCUUUUGUUUUGACAAGUUAGCUUUUCGUUUUACCAACCUAAGAUUGUAAUACAGAGGUUUUGCUGAAUUGUAGAUCUAAAAAAAUGUCGUAAACUCUAAAAUACCAUUAGAGCUUUAUUCAUUCAACAGCUAAGAACAAUGGGAAAACUGUCACUGUUUAUAAAUGUAUAAUAUACAGCACAAUUGAAUGUUGCUUAUAAGCCAGUGCCUUACUUGUUGUGUUAACCAAGCUUUCCAAGUACCGUAUAUACAAAAGUAUAAGACUAGUUUUUCGGCACAUUUUUAUUGUGCUGAAAAACCCCCACUCGACUUAUACUCGAGUCAAUGUCUGUAUUAUGGCAACUUACAUUGCCAUAAUACAGACCAGGACCGCCGGGCUCAUUACAAGUCUGGCGGUCCUGUUGGGGGCUGGCAGCGAGCUGUUACUUACGUUUCCUGCAGCUCCUGUCAGCUCCCUUCUCCUCCGUGCCGUUCAGCUCCACUGUAGUCUCGGAGAGCUGCGCAGAGUGUUGCCAAGGUUGCCGUAAGUACCUCGCCGCACUCAGACCGCUAAAGAUUUACACUGGAGCUGACCGCACGGGAGGAGAAAGAGAGCUGACAGGAGCUGCAGAAAGGUGGGGUAACAGCUCGCUGCCAGUCCCCCUCCUGCACAGCCUAUAUCCACUGGACCACCAGGGAAUAAUAUAGCUUGAUACAUGCAAUAGGAGAGGGGACAAAAAAUAAAAUAGAAAAAUGUAAAUAAUAAUAUAAUUAAAAAUGUAAUAAUAAAAUAUAUUUUUUUAAUAAUAUUAAAAAUAAAAUUUAAUAUUAUAAUAAAAAUAAAAAAUGCACACCCCCUCCAUGGUUACACACUCUGCAUUCUGGUGGCCACAAACUCACUCUGCAUUCUAUAUAUACACAAAACCUCACUCAUGCCUCUAUACACAUUAUUAUUCUCUCACUCUGCAUUCUAUACACACACACUCUCUCACUCUGCAUUCUAUACACACACACUCUCUCACUCUGCAUUCUAUACACACACACUCUCACUCUGCAUUCUAUACACACACUCACUCUGCAUUCUAUACACACACACACACUCUGCAUUCUAUACACACACACACACACACACACACACACUCUGCAUUCUAUACACACACACACACACUCUCCUCACCUUGGCAUUCUAUACACACACACACACACACUCCUCUCACCUGCAUUCUAUACACACCCCUCUCACUUCCGUAUCUCUAUACACACACACACUCUCACCAUGGCCUACACACACACACUUCUCACUCUGUACUCUAAAUACACACACACUCUCACUCUGCAUUUCUAUACACACACUCACUCUCUCCAGCCCUAUACACACACACACACACUCUGCAUUCUAUACACACACACACACACACACACACACACUCUGCAUUCUAUACACACACACACACUCUGCAUUCUAUACACACACACACUCUGCAUUCUAUACACACACACACUCUGCAUUCUAUAUAUAUACACACACACACACACACACACACUCUGCAUUCUAUAUACACACACUGCAUUCUAUACAUACACACACACACACUAUGCAUUAUAUACACACACACUCUGCAUUAUAUAUACACACACACACACACACACACACACACUAUGCAUUAUAUACACACACUGUAAAUAAAUAUUCAAUUAAUAUAAUUUUUUUGGGGAUCUAAUUUUAUUUAGAAAUUUACCAGUAGCUGCUGCAUUUCCCACUCUAGUCUUAUACUCAAGUCAAUAAGUUUUUGGGGGUAAAAUUAAGGGCCAUGACUUAUAUUUGGGUCGACUAAUACUCGCGUAUAUACGGUAUGUUUCCUUUAGAUUUGUAUAAUCCCUUGCAUGACUCUUGUAUCUUGUAAUGAAUAUAAUAAUCAAUGUAUCUACAUACAUGUUGCUCUUGACUCAUUGCAUUCUUCCUUGUUCAGAUCAAUUCUGGUUUUGCUGCACCAUUGGUGGGUCCUGCUAGCCUUGCCCCUCCUAUCUCUGGAGGUCUUGGUGAUCUCUUUGAUUUGGGCCCUGGAACGGGUAUGGUGACCGGAUCCUUUGUGCCUCCAAAAUCUGUAAGUGUCUAUGCCUUCGUAUUUUCAUAUAUACUAUUCAGUGCCUUGUUUCAACUGGAUGUAACCAUUUAAGGAGUCCUAUUUCCUAAUCGUUUAUUUUUAGACUACAAUUAGAUUGUAUAUGUUUAAUCAUGUACUUCACAUUGGUAUAUCUUAACAUUUCUUAGUUGUUUAAGCUUUUUACUUGGCCUUGAAAUAUACUUUUUAUCUGUGUUGGACAUAAUGAGUUUGAUUGAUAGAGACUUGACUAAUGGCUCAGUUCAAUAAAACACAGUACUCCUUAAUUACUGUAGCGGUUACGGCACCCAAGAAAUACAGGAAGUUGCCACAGCACGGAUGUUUGAACUAUACCUUCUCUUAAAACCUGCUUGUGGUCUGCUUUUUCAUCACCCAUUGGUAAAGACUACAUUUCACUAAAACUUCCAAAAUAAGGGAUGAAGUUACAGGACUGGGGGCUAUAAAUAAUUAAGCAACAGUCAGGUAGAGAGCAAUGUAUAAAUGCCCAGACAAAGAAAUACGACACUGCUUGAUCCGUAAAGUGGAUCUAAAUUCUAUUGACAAAACAGGCUUUGACUGAUACAACAUCAGGGUAUAAUCGCUUGUGCUCAAAAGGCUAUCUGCAGUCUCUAACGUUAGUACAGUUACAGCAAGAAAGGGCAUCAACGUAUUUCAUCCUUUUAAAAAUUUCCUUUUGAUUUCACCCUGAAACAAUAUGAGCCUGGUUUAUAAACUGAAAUAAAGAUGAAGCAUUCCUGUAUUACGUAUGUUAUAUGUGUUGAGUAUAUCUGGUUACAAACAGUUUACUCCAGACUAAAAUGUUAUUCUAAGCAUAUUACUGAUGUUUCUCUCCAAGGUAUGGCUGCAUGCAAUGAAGGGAAAAGGCCUGGAAAUUAGCGGCACAUUUGCACGAAGAUCUGGAUCAGUUUUCAUGGAUCUGCAGUUCACCAAUCGCGCACUUCAAGUUAUGAGUGAUUUUGCCAUUCAAUUCAACCGUAACAGGUACAUAAUGGACCAUACCACAAUUUAGUAAUACAGAAUUACUUGUGUUUUUCUUAUCCUUUAAUUAUGUAUUAAUCUUGGCAGUUUUGGUCUGGCGCCUGCUGCUCCACUUCAGAUACCAACUCCCUUAGCACCCAACCAGUCCACAGACAUCUCCCUCCCUCUAAACACUAUUGGGUCUGUCAUGAAAAUGGAACCUCUAAACAACCUUCAGGUACAAAGUGUUGUUUUGUUUUGUUACUUUUAAUGUCCAUAGUAUAUUUAUAUACAUUUGUUUUAUCUCUCUAUAUUCUGCAAUAUAUGUGCCUAUCUUUGUAACUUUAUGCUUUGGUAUACUAUAUAAUUUGACCUUGUAGGCUCACAAUAGCAUUUUAUGACCUUUAGCUGAUAUUGUGAUAUUUCAAAGCAAUCCAAAUCUAAAUUUUGUCAACCACUUAAAAUCCUCUAAUAGUCUCAAAGUGUAAAACAUCUAAAAGGAACAUUAUAUGGGCAGGAAUGCAAAAGUGUAUUCCUGACACUAUAUAGUGCUAAAAACACUAUUUAAUAUACCAUUUUGGCAUGGAUUAUUUUUUAGAAAAUUUCCCAUCCUUUUAGGUAUUAAAUUUGCCAAGUGCUCAAUGGCCCUUUGAAAGUGUUAACUCAUCUUCAUAAUGGCAAUGAUUUUAAGUGUAUGGACAUGAGCUGUUCAGUUGUUAUUUACAUAAUAGAAUCACAUGAUCACUAUCUAUUCUGUAAAUAGCAUCUAUUAGCAAUUGUCAUUUUCUCUGUGGAUUAAGCACUAAUAUUAUCCCUAAUGUAAUUUUAUUUUUAUUGUAGCUUAUUAUAGCUUAAAUUUCUAACCUACAAAUUUUUUUUGCCAUUUUUGUGUCCUUAUGGCUUAUUGGCAUACUAACCAGUCAGAUAAGAUUCACUCAGAUUAGCUUUAUAUCUUCCCUUAUUAGUGCAGAUUAUUCCAGUGAUGGAUGCUGUAACCCAAUCAGUUGGCCUUUAUCUUUGCUUAUCGUAUCAAAAAGAAUCUUUGCCAAGUAACUGGAAGAGUAGCCUUUGUACUGUCUUGCAAUUUAUCUUCCGUUCUAUCCUAUUCAUACAUUUUCUAUUCUUCCAUAGCAUCAUUUCUAAAUACACUAGUCUAACAUUCUGUCAUCUCUUUAAUUUGACAUCAACAUCCAUCUCUUAGAUUCACUUACCCACUCCAUUAUUGUUAAUUAUACUUUUAAAUAUGCAGGUUGUUUAUCAGCCACUAAUUUAUUUCUACAUAUUAACAUAAUAAAUAACUUCUUUACUAACUAACUCGUAUGUAUAUGCCUUGUGAUUAUCCUCUGCAGGUUGCAGUGAAAAACAAUAUUGACGUUUUCUACUUUAGUGUUGUGUAUCCUCUACACAUCCUGUUUGCUGAAGAUGGGAAAAUGGGUGAGUGUGGUUUUAUUAUACUUGUAUAGGCUGAAAAAAACGUAUGUCCAUCAGGUUCAACCUGUUUUUAUUAUUUAUCCGAAAGAAAGCAAAAAAAAAAAAAAAAAGUUUGAAGUGGUUUCCAGUUUUGCAACAAACUAGGAAAAAUUCAUUCUUGAACCCAGAAUGCAAUCAGAUCUCUCCUUGGAUCAAGAUGCUGUUACUUGGCAUAUUAAAAAUGAAAUCCCUUAAUAGUAUAAUUUUAUUUUGCAAGAAUUCAUCAAGCUGCUAUUUAAAAAUCUGUACAGAGGCUGGAAAAAAAAACACCUCUUCAGCAGAGAAUUCCACAUCCUUAUAGUUCUUACUGUAAAAAAACAACUUUCCUUUGCAUUAGAUUAAAUCUCCAUUCUUCCCAUCUAAAUGCAUGAUCUUGUGUCAUAUGUAUAGUCCUGUCUAUAAAUAGUUUUCCAGACAAUGGUUUGCAUUGGUCACGAAUAUUUUUAUAAAAUACUUUGAUAUACCCAUCGAGGCGCAGUUUUUUUCCAAAAUAAAGCCAUGGGCAGAGUAUAGAAUAUUUGAUAAAGUACUAACCUCAACUUCUGAGGAAAGGUAUUUAGGGGUAAUUUCAGAUGAUUUAAAGGUAGGCAGGCAGUGUAAUAGAGCAGCAGGAAAUUCUAGCAGAAUGCUUGGUUGUGUAGGGAGAGGUAAUAGCAGUAGAAAGAGGGAAGUGCUCAUGCCAUUGUACAGAACACUGGUGAGACCUCACUUGGAGUAUUGUACGCAGUACUGGAGACCGUAUCUCCAGAAGGAUAUUGAUACUUGGAGGGAGUUUAGAGAAGGGCUACUAAACUUGGGUUACGGAUUACAGGAUAAAACUUACAAGGAAAGGUUAAAGGAUCUUAACAUGUACAGCUUGGAGGAAAGAUUAGACAAGCUGGAUAUGACCGAAAUAUUUAAAUACAUAAAGGAAAUCAACACCUUAUAGGAGCAGACUAUAUUUAAAUAAAGGAAAAAUACAACAACAAGAGGACAUAGUCUUAAAUUAGUGGGGCAAACGUUUAAAAAUCAUAUCAGGAAGUAUUAAUUUACUGAAAUGGUAGUGGAUGCAUGGGAUAGCCUUCCAGCUGAAGUGGUAGUGGUUAACACCGUGAAGGAGUUUAAGCAUGUGUGGGAUAGGCGUAAGGAUAUCUUAACUAUAAGAUAAGGCCAGGGACUAAUGAAAGUAUUUAGAUAAUUGGGUGUAAAUUGCUUGUGUGUUUUUGUUUUUUCACCCUUAAAUGCAUAACUUUGCAUUUAUCUACAUUCAAUUUAAUCUGCCAUUUGAGUGCCCAGUCCCAUAAUCCAUCUAUAUCCUUCUGCAGCAAAGUCAUGUGAUGCUUCAUUCCACACCUAUCUUCCCAUAAGAUGAGGUGUGCAGUAUCAAUGUUACAUCUGUGUGGUUGAGUAAUUGUUCACGUUCUCAUAUAACGUGCUACUGUGAAUAAUUAUUUUUAAUGCUCUGCUUUUCAUUUCUUUUUGAAUUUCUAUUCUCUUCCAGAGCGACAAAUGUUUUUGGCCACUUGGAAGGAGAUUCCUAAUGAAAAUGAAGCUCAGUUUCAAAUUAGGGACUGUCCUCUAAACUCAGGUAAGUCCAUAUUUACAGUGUGCAGUACAGAUAUGGGUAUUGUUUAGCCAUGCUGUGACACAUCAAGAGGAAAGGACAAUAAACACACUCUUGUGCGUGUUUUUUUCCCAUUGGUCAUACAAUUUAGUUGACUGAGAGAAUCUGAAUGUUAUUAUUUAUAUAGUGCCAACAAAUUCUGCAGCGCUGUACAAGAACAGCAAUUGGUAUAAUUUUUGUGAUUUAUAACAAAUCACAUUGUAUUCUAUAUUUUAGCAUUUGCAGAUGAAAAGGUUUGCCUUCAAAUAUAAAUAUAUAUAUAUUUGUUAUUUAUCAUGGAUUGUGAUUUAUUUCUUUAUUCCACAGAUGCUGUCAGUAAUAAGCUGCAAGCCAGUGACAUCUUCACAGUGGCCCGACGCACAGUGGAAGGGCAAGACAUGUUGUAUCAAUCCAUAAAACUCACAAAUGGUAUCUGGGUAUUGGCGGAGCUGCGAAUGCAAUCUGGAAGCUCUAACUUAGCAGUAAGAUUAUGUUUCUUUCCAUUACUUAUAUAGCAACCCAGUAUCUUGUCUUAAUAGAUAUGUAGAAAAAAAGAGAGAUUCUGAAACCUUGUUUUAUAGGCUGGACCAGCAGUUCCCAAACUGUGUGCCAGGUGUCGCAAAAUGUUUCUCCAAUGCUAUGAUCGCACUGGAAAACGUUUCUGCUUAACAGGGGCCCGGUCAGGUGCUGUUUCCCUUUAAGACCGCAGCCGAACUAGUGUAGUGUCGACAGGCUGGGAGGAAGUGACAGCCAGUCUCUUCCUUCCAGCUUUGUGCAGGUUGGGAGGGAGAGGAGGCAGCUGCAGAGGCAGCAUGAGGGGGGAGAGAAGGAGCACAAAGAGCUGCUCCAGAACUCUCGAUCCCAGCAGCCUGAACAGAACUACAAGCAAGCCACCCUCUUGAACACACAAGGUAAGCUAAUAGGAAGGUGUCUGUAGAUAUAAAAAAACAUCAUAAACAUGCUUGUGUUUGUGUGUAUAUGUCAAUAUGUGCAUCUGUGUCCGUGUGUAUGCGAACACAUCUGUGUGUCAGGAUGUACAUAUGUGUAUAUGUAUGUCUAUGUAUGUAUCUGUUUGUCAUGGGGUGUGUGUGUGUGUAUAUUUUGGAGUAUGUAUGUGCCAGGCUAUUUGUGUUAAUGUUUAUGUAUAUCUUUGUGGCAGUGCAUGUGCAUACAUCAAGCAAUCAAACACCAGCACAACAUACAAACACACUCCUGCAAUCUAACACAAAUAUUAUAUACAAACACACCCCUUCAAUCAAAUACCGUUACAACACACUAAUGUACGUCCGUAUUUAAAAGCGAACAUUACAUUAAAACACACCUGCAAUCAAACGCAUACAUUACAUAUAAAUACACCCCUGUAUUAAAGCACUAAAAGUAUAUACAAGCACCCCUUCAAUCAAACACCAACUCUAUACAUUAUACAAGAGCGCCAGUAUAUGCUGCACUCUACAGUUACACAACUUUUAAAUAUUUUUUUGUAAAUUUUAAAUAUUAAAGGUGCUUUUGUUGAUCAUAGUGGUUAGUUGGGGUGUAUUCUGAUUGCCCCAUUGUUCUGCUAUUGUCCGUCUGGUGGCUAACGCUAGUCUGGCCACCAGUUUAUUCUGCGCUCUGGUGGGGGUGGGGGUGAGGUUUAGAGAGCAGCCAUAUCCAGGGGUCUCUUGGUAUGUCUGUUUCUAAUAUGUCAGACGCGAGCGUGACCGCUCUUUACCAUAUUUGUAGGACCUGGGGACGUUCCCACCAGAGGUAGAUGUAUGUGCCCUUCUGUGUGCAGCCUUUCCAGCAUGUAUCUGUGGUGGCGAGGCCCACUUGUUUCAGCCUGAGUGGCGUGAGGUACCAUCUGAGUAGGGUUUUAUAGGCUUGCUCUAUAUGGUUAACGCAAAUGGUAAGCAAAGCCGUGGCUUCCCAUAUGUCUGCCCAGUCUGCAGGGGGGCCUAUAUCUCUUUCCCAGGCCUUGGUGUAGAUGAAGGCAUCGUCUGGGGAGUGUGAGUUUAAGAGUGAGUAUAUUUUUGUGAUUUGUCCUUUCUGUCUGGGUGCGUGGAGGCAUGUUUUUUCGAUUUGCGUUGGUUUGGUGGUGGCGGCUGCUCUAUUUUGUGGUUCAUUGAGAAAGCUGCGAAUCUGUAUGUAGCGAAAGUGGUCGAAUGUGGUCAGGGUCUGUUUGUUUGGGGAGGUCCUGGAAGGGGCAGAGUUGUUGGUCUUGGAAAAAGUGGAGGAAUCGGAACAGUCCGUUGUCCUCAAAUCGUGAGAAGUCUUUGGGAGUAAGGCCUGGGGGAAAUUGCUUAUUUCUUAGAAUAGGUGUGAGGGGUGAUGGUGUGUUUAUUAUGGGAUGUUUUGAUGUGAUGUCGUCCCAUAUGAGAAAAGAUGUGGUUAGUGUAGGAGUAGUUUGUGGGGUGGGUGGUCUAUCUUUCUUGGGUAGCCAAAAAAGUAGUGAUGGGUGGUCUCGUUCCAGGAGGUCAUGCUCUAGGUCUACCCAGAGUUUGAGUCCCGGUGGUGCAUGUAGCUGUUGUAUUUGGGCCAAUUGGGCUGCUUGGUAGUAGUGGUAGAAGUUUGGGAGACCCAGGCCUCCUGUUUUUGUGGUUUCGUACAUUGUGGAUCUUUUUAUGCGAGGUCUCCUGUUUGACCAUAUAAAUUUGUAUAUAUGUAUUUGGAUCGUUUUAAAGUCGUGUUUGGAAAUAGGUAUUGGUAGUGUUUGGAAGAGAUAGAGAAGUCGGGGGCGGAGAUUCAUUUUUAUUGAGGCUAUGCGCCCUAUCCAAGAUAUGGACAUGGGUCCCCAUUUUUGCAGGUCCAGUUGUGCUUGGCGGAGUAGUGGUGUGUAGUUCAGGGCAUAUAUUGUGUUCAGGUCUGCCGGAAGAUUUGUUCCUAGGUAGCGUAUAUUGCUUAGGUUGUAUUUAAAUGGGUGGGCUAGUUGUAGUUGUUCCAGAGUGUGUUGUGGUAUUGCUAUUGGGAGGGCCUCUGUUUUCUCCAGGUUGAGUUUAUAUCCCGAGAGGGUUGCGUAUUGUUGAAGUGUUAGUAGGGGUGGUAAAGAAUGGGUGGGGUCCGAAAGUGUGAGGAGGAUGUCGUCCGCAUAUGCCGCUAUUUUGUAUUCUUCUGACCUUAUCUUAAUGCCCUGUAUCAUCUGUUUGUUUCGUAUGUUUUGAAGGAGAGGUUCAAGCGAGAGGGUGAAUAAGAGUGGGGAGAGUGGGCAGCCUUGUCUUGUCCCGUUUUUGAUUACAAAUUCUGGGUGUUUGGUGUUGGGGAUGAGAAGUGUGGCCGUGGGUUGGUCAUAGAGGGCUCUUAGGGCGUCUAGGAAGGGAGUCAGGAAUUUGAAUUUGUGGAGGGUGGCAAACCGGAAUGGCCAGAGUAAUCGGUCGAAUGCUUUUUUGGCAUCCAUUGAUAGGAGGAGGGUUGGGGUCUGUCUUCUGUGUACCACCCAAAUCAGGUUGAGUGCUUGUAUCGUGUUGUCUGCUGCCUGUCUUGUGGGGGUGAAGCCCACCUGGUCAGGGUGUAUUAAUUUCGGUAGGAGUAGUUGGAUCUGGUUGGCUAGGGUUUUAGUGAUUAUUUUGGUGUCUACGUUAAGUAGAGAGAUGGGUCUAAAGUGGCCUGGGUCUAGGUGUGUUUUGUCCGGUUGUGGGAUGAGGCAGAUGUUUGUUCUGAGCAUUUCCUUUGGGAGUGGGUUUCCUUGGAGGAGUGAGUUCCCUAGUGCUGUGAGGUAUGGUAUUAGUGUGUUUGCGUAUGUCUUAUAGUAGAGGCCUGUGAAUCCAUCUGGUCCUGGGCUUUUGCUGGGUUUAAUAGUUUUUAGUGUGUUUGCUAUUUCCUCUGUUGUGAUAGGGGCAGAUAAUUUUUCUAUCGCCGUGUUUGUUAGUGAUGGGAGAGGGGUGUUCCGGAGGUAUGUCUCGAUGUCGUGUGUUAGGGUUGGCGAUGGAUCAGGAUUGUGAUUAUAAAGUGUUGUGAAGUAUUGGGAGAAAAUCCUCGCUAUGCGAUCCGGACUUUCGUGUGUGUUUCCUCCCGGGGAGAUUAUUUUGGUGAUGCGUUUAUUGUGUGUUUUUUGGCGUAGUUUGCGGGCUAAGAGGGUGUCUGCCUUAUUUGAUUUCUCGUAGAAGAGUUGUUUGCUCCAUUGGAGGGCUCUUUGUGAGUCUUUAGCCAUGUAGGAUUUAAUGACUUGUUGGUGAGUUUUGAUCUGUGUUAAAAUUGGUGGGGUUGGGUGUUGUUUGUGUUGAAUCUCUAGGGUCCUUAGCGAAAAGAGGUGGUCCUUCAGUUCCUUUAGUUUUUGGUUUUUGUGUUUCGUGGCUUCAGCUAUCAAUUUGCCUCUUAUGGUCGCUUUGUGUGCUGCCCAUAAUAUGCCUGUAGAUUCUACUGAGUCCUUGUUUAAUUGGAAGUACUCUGUGAGCGUCGUUUGAAUGGACUUAUUUCGGGGGUAUGUGUUGGGUGUUGGGUUUAGUCGCCAUGACCAUGUUCUAGCUGUUUGUGGGAUUGAGAGUAUUAGGGAUAUCUCUGCGUGGUCGGACCACGUGAUCGUACCUAUAGUUGUUGUAAUGUCUUGGGUUAGGAGGGAAGGGGAUAUCAGGAACAUAUCAAUCCUAGAGUAGGAGAGAUGAGGGUGGGAGUAAAAAGUGAAGUCAAGAGUUGUGGGAUUUUGCAUUCUCCAGAUGUCUUGGAGACCUGAGUGUUUCUAUGUUUCUAUGAGUGGAGUACAAAGUUCGAGAGUAGUUUGUCUAUUCUGGCCACUGGGGCUGUUUUGCCAUCUGUGAGUUCCUUGCUGUCCUGUUAUAGUGAGGAAUCUACCCUGAGGGUCAGCUGUGGUAUUUGUGAAGCUGAUGGGGCAUGUGUUCCGGACGAGUAUCGCUACGCCGUUAUGUUUUCCGGUCGGGGAGUUUGCUAAGUGACAUUCUUUGUAGUGUCUGUUUUUAAGUGGGAAUGGUCUUGGGUCUCAAAGUGUGUUUCCUGGAGGAGUAUUAUAUCCGCUCCUGUUCUGUUGGCCCAUCGCAUCAGCUGGUGGCGUUUAGCCGGGUUGUUUAGGCCUUUGCAGUUAAGUGAGAUGCAUUUCAUUGUUUUCAUAUUCGCUAUGGGUGUGGCCCUGUUUAGUUGUUCAGUGUGUGGAGGACCCGGGGUUUCUCGCCCUUUAGGGUGAGUGGUUCGAGGAGGAGGGUUUGUGGAGGGUAGGCUAGGAGCAGGGAGUAUGGGGUUUUAGUGUCUGAAAAGGGGGGGAGGAAGGGUUGUCGGUGUGCCCUGGUCUUACUAUUGGAUCGCCAGGUGGUGUUGGGGGGUUGUAUGUGGUGCCUUUGGGGUUGGGGUAAGUGUGGUGUGGUCCUCUUGUGGGGGGUACUGUGGGUUGUGGUGAGGGAGAGAGGAGGAAGGUCUUUCACAUUCCCGUCACCCUCUCUCCCCCUGCACAAUUGCCAGUGUAUCACUCACGGUUGGUCGGUGGAUUCUUAGUUGGUUCGUUGUGCCUAUUCUUAUGGUAGUUUGUGGUUUGUUGGUACGAGGUAAGAUGUUCCAUUUCUGGCUUUAUUUCUUUUGUGUCGUAUGGAAGUUUGUAUCGUCACUUGUGAGGUUCGCUUAGGAGAGAAAAAAAAACAUUUUAACAUAUAUACAAGGAAAACAUUAACAUUAUGUAAGAUCGGUGGUUUUUGCCCCAGUUGCACCUGUUUGUCGACUUUCAAGGAAGUUUCCUGGUUAGGUGCCUAGAUCUGCCCUAUGUGGGUUUUCUCUUAGUUCUUCUCCCCCCUCCCCCCUUCUGUGUUACUGUCUGUUAUUCUAACGAUUUUGUCGUUGUCUCUUCUUUUUUUUUUUUCCCCUUCCUUCUUUUGUUGUCCUAUAUCCUCUGUGUGAUAGUGGGAUGUACGGUCAGUGUCAUUUGUGUGUGUUGUCAUUAGGUCGUGUGUGUUAUUGAGUUAUUGCGUCUAGUGGUCCGUCUGGUCUGGAGUGUGAUUCUCCCUCCGUCCCCUUCCCUUGUUAAUUCCAGUAUUUGUGUGGUCAGUCCCACCCCUCCCUCUUCGCGUUUCCCCAUUAUCCUUGUGGUGAUCAAGGUGUUCAGCUAAUAAAAUUGCAAGAGUAGUGUCUCUAUAGUUCUUAUUUGUUUCUCUCUUCGGGUCCGUGGCGGUUUUGGAGUGGGGAUGUUCUCACUGGAUCAGUUGAGUGGACGAGGAUCGGGGCUCAUUGAUGUGUGUUGGUGUUUUCUCUUCUAGUGUUGUCAUGAGGUUUGAGCUUUAGCCAUAGUGGUUAUAUAGGUGUACAAGUCCGGUGAGGCGGUGUGGGUCAGCUCUUUUGUGGGGGAGGUUUGAGAGUUUCGGGGGAGUCCCCUGGGGGGUAGUAUUGGCUUUAUCUUGAGCAGUGUCCCGGGGGAGGUUGCCAGGGGCUUUGGGUUCUCAUUUCGUUGGUUCUAGGUCCAUUGGGCAGAUUCUUUGCGGUAAAGUUUAUCUUAUUUGUCGUCUGUUGUUUUCUCCUAGCGGCCUGAACGGUGUGGCAGGGAUUGUCCCCCUUGACGUCUAGUAGCGGUGUUGUCUUCUAUGGCGUGAGGGGGUCUUUUCUGUUUGGCCGGGUGUGGGGAUGUAGAUCUGUCUCUGGAGCAGUCUCUUCCCCUGUAUCCCGUUAGGAGGGUGGGGUUCAAGAGCUGGAUUCCCAGAGAGUCAGCCAUUGGACCCAUUUCUGCGGCUGUGGUGAGGAUAUGGGUUUGGUUGCCUUUUUUGACCAGCAGUUUAAAGGGGUGGCCCCAUGUGUAUUUUAGCCCCUGUUCUUGGAGGGCCAAGGUGAGGGGUUUUAAAUCUCUUCUCCUCUUUAAUGUAGUUGGGGCCAGGUCCUGGAAGAAUGUUAGGCGGACAUCUUUAUACUUGGGAGGACGGUCUCUGGCUAGUUGCAUUAACUUUUCUUUAGUUUGGAAGUAGUGGAGGCGAAUUAUUACGUCUCUUGGAGUAGAGAGAUUCAGACUAGGGGGUCGUAGUGCUCUGUGAGCCCGGUCCAUUUCCAGGAGUGGUAGCGGCAAUUCGGGUGCCAUUGCAGAGAAGAUGUCUUUCAGGGUGGCGCUUAGGGUUUCUGGCUGGACUGCUUCGGGUAGGCCACGGAGUCGGAUGUUAUUCCUCCGUGACCUGUUGUUAAGGUCCUCCAGGUUGUCCUCCAUGGCCGUGAGGCGGCCAUGGAGGUAGGAGAUUUCUUGGAACUGCGAGGUGGAGGCCGCUGUCAGUGUUGUGAGACGUACCUCUGUCUGGUCUGUGCUGGCAUUAAGUGUCUGUAUUUCUGUUCUGAGGCCUGCGAGGUGUCUGCUGAUCUCCUCUGCCACGUGGGAUUUUAUGUCUGCUGUGGCUUCCUUCAGCAUGUCUCUGAGGCUCCCGAUGGUGAGGGGGAUCGAGGGGUCAGAUGUGGGGUCGGUCCCCUCUGGGUCUGUACCUUGGUCGUCCCCAUGAUAGGAGUAGGGAGGCCUCUGGGAGUCCCCCGGCGUGCCGAACAUGGAGGCUACCGACGGUGGAAGCUCCUUUUUUUUUUUUCUGUCGCCCAUUUUGUGGAGCCUGGUGCCGGUCGGUCACUUGGAGGCUGUUUGGGGGGUGUUUGGGCCGUGUGUGAUGCGGAUGAUGGCUGAUUCUGUGCUUGGGGGAGAGGGAGCUGUGAGAUCAGGCGUCCAUCUUCCUCCGCCCCCCUGGAUUAACUUUUAAAAUGAUUCCAUAUAUAUUUUGAUAUUUUAGGAUCUAUAUUUUUUUUUUAAUAUGUUGUAAACAACAUUUUAAAAGUUUAUCUUAAAAUAUUAAAUUGUUUGGAAAGCUUAUCCAACAAUAUGAAAUCAGGACCUUGAUUUGAAAACUUACCUAGAACUCACUUGCCAUUGCUGGUAGUUCAUGCUUUACAAAAUAAAGGGUUAUUCAUUAAAGUGUGAGAUUCAAAGAGAAUUUAAAAUACCAGUCCAAAAUUUUAACUAUUGGGUCUUAAGAUUUUCUGGAAAUCACUUGGAAUUGCUGUAGGUUCACGGUUUAGUGAAAAACCCAGUGUUUCAGUGAUCUCCUAUUAUUGGUCUUCUAUAAAUGUGUUUACUUAAAUCUAAGCUUCAAUUUCUCUUUUCCAAACAGCUCUCUAUACGAUGUCGUGCUCCUGAAGUAUCCCAAUUCGUCUUCCAAGCUUAUGAGAUAAUCCUGAAGAAUUUAGAUCUUUCUUUGUGUUCUGGCUUCCAGCCAUAGUGAAGAUCACUAUCCUUCUGCCAGAGGUUGGCCAUGAAGAAAGGCGGCCACAUGUGCAUGUCUGUGCAACCUUUCUAGACAAGAAAAACAAACAUGGACCAAAUAAUGAAAAGUGUUGAUUUUAUGCUCUUAUUCCAAAACUUUCCCAAAUGUAACAUCUUCAUUGAAGCUAUUGACAGUGAAGUGGUUACGCAAUGUCUUUUUCUGUUUGGUAAGUUUGGUAUAUAGUUAGGCUCUUUUACCUUUCAACAGAACUUGGAUUAAAAUGUGUAAAUAUAUAUUAAAAAAAAAAAAAAACCUCUUCCAAUUUUGAGUUUGACCAUAUUUUUGUAAAUGAAGAUCUUUCUCACUCUAUUGAUUGCCGGCAGAAGUAUUGCAUUUUAAGGCUGCCGAUAUAGUCUCAUUAGCCAGUUGAGCUAUUUCAUUUUGUAGUGCUUCAACUGUGGUUACAACAAAAGCAGGUCUCCAUUUUAUUUUAAUUCUGUUAAAUGAUCAUACUUUAGUUAGAAAUUUGAAUUAAAACUAACCAAUGCAAAUGAAGGUCUUCAAAGUCAAUGUUGUAAAAAAAAUCCAUAUUUUUCAGAUUCCCUUUCUUUUUGUUACACUAAAUUGUGCUGAAAUAAUUUGUAAAAGAAAAAAUAAUCAACCCACUUUUUUCUAGCUGAUUAUCUAUCACAUUAAUACAUGGCACAAUCAUCUCAAAACUAUUUUUUCAUAAACAGCUUAAAUGGAAACAUAAAUAAACGUUGUAAACUCUUUGGGCUAAUGCAGUGUUUUGCUGACAUUAUUUCUUGCAUAAACGUUUGAAUUGCUCUCAGCCAGGAGAGGAAUCCAGUGCACCUAUACACGGCUAGAAAAUCUCCAAGUACCCUCUUUCCUUACAGUACUUUUUUUCUUUCAUAUUUUUAAAGGUGUUUGAAAUACUGGCUUUUGUACUCUUGUGGUUUUUGCUCUGCAGUCCUACAAAAUUCUGACUGUUUAAUAGUUGGGUUUCUUUUUUUGUUAAACUUGCAAUCAGAAAGAUGGGCACUUUUCCAUCUGUGAAUCAUGAAAAAGAGGGCAUUUUCCUCCAUACUCCACUUCUGUUCUGAGUAAUGAUUAAUAUAUACAUAUAUAAAUAAAGAAAUAUAUUGUAAGUCUUCUCUGUGUAAGAUGAUGAAAUUGAAUAAAAGUUGUAGAUGGUGUUCAAAACAUUACUUUUAAUCAGAUAUAUUUGAAACUCAGUUUGACAUAGUCUUCUUAUUAAGGAAAGUAGCUAAUACAGAGUUUAGGAGUAUAGAGAGGACAUCUGUGAACUAAUUUUCCUUUAUUGGUUUAGAGAUUUGCUGCCUAAAAAAUUAAAGCAAUUUUCUAUGUUUAUGACUUUUACUGGUUUUUAUGUGUCUCCUUACCUGUAUGU